AUGGCUGAAAAAUUGCCGCCGGGGUUCCGAUUCCAGCCGACCGACGAAGAGCUGGUGUUUCAGUACUUGAAAUGCAAGGUCUUCUCCUAUCCUUUGCCUGCUUCCAUCAUGCCUGACCUCAAUGCCUGCAACUUUGAUCCCUGGGAUCUGCCUGGCGAGAUGGAGGACGAGAGGUAUUUUUUCAGCACGAAGGAAGCGAAGUAUCGAACCGGGAACCGUAUAAACCGAGCGACUGUUUCGGGAUAUUGGAAGGCAACCGGUUCCGAUAAGCAAAUCAUAUCAAGGAGAAAUGAAGUAGGAGGGAUGAGAAAAACCCUAGUUUUCCACAUGGGGAAGCCUCCACAUGGAUCAAGAACUAAUUGGAUCAUGCACGAAUAUCGCCUACUUACUCUAUCAAACGACUCUCUACAUGCAAACAACCAGAAUUAUUUGAAUCACGAGAUGGAAAAGUGGGUUCUGUGCCACGUAUUUUUGAAGAAAACAAGUAAGAGUAGUGAGGACGAGGAGAUUAUGCAGAGUUUUUGCAAUAAAAUGAAGUCAAACUUGUUUGAUUGCAUGAGAGAAAACGAUGGCAUAAUAGCCGAGUCAUCAUCAUCUUCUUCAAGUAGGAGCAAUGAUAUUCAUGAGGUUUCUUCAAGUGCAUGCAGCAGGCAGUAUUGAAGAUAGCAGU